AAACCCGAAGAAGUCGUAAAAAUACUUAAUUCUAAAUUAGUUAUUUAAACCAAGAAUAUUUCACAUCUAUAUGUCAAAGAGAAAUUUUUAUUUUCUUUAAUAGAUAUACCAUUUGAAAGCUAACCUGAUAUGAAAGUUGAAUUAAAACAUUUUACGACAUAAAGGUUUACACGUUGCCACCUGUCAACACAAGACUUUUGCAUGGAACCUCUUCCUAAAGCUGAACCAGAAGUGAAAAUGGAGACGUUCCUUUCAAAGUCGCUCAAAAUUGCGGCUGUUGUUCUUGCAUAUUGGUUUAUAUCUAUUUCCAUGGUAUUCCUAAACAAAUAUCUCCUCAGCAGUGAUGAUUUAAAGUUGGAUGCUCCAUUGUUUGUAACCUGGUACCAGUGUGUAGUGACAGUUGCCUUAUGUUUCUUGUUGAGCUACAUGGCCAAGCUUUUCCCCAGUAUCAUCUCAUUUCCAGACAUGGCAAUAGACCCAAAACUCUGCAGAGCUACUUUACCCUUGUCAGUGGUGUUUGUUUGUAUGAUCACUUUUAACAACCUGUGUUUAAAGAAUGUGGGCGUGGCUUUUUACAAUGUGGGCAGGUCUCUAACUACAGUCUUCAAUGUGAUAUUUACGUAUUUCCUGUUGAAGCAGACUACAUCAGUUCAGGCGUUAUUAUGUUGUGGUGUUAUUAUUUUUGGGUUCUUAUUGGGUGUCAAUCAGGAAGGGGAAGCUGGAUAUCUGUCGAUGAUAGGUGUAGUAUUUGGAAUAUGUGCAAGUGCGAGUGUAGCAUUGAAUGCCAUAUAUACAAAGAAGGUUCUUCCACUAGUUGACAAUAAUAUCUGGCGUCUUGCCCUCUAUAACAACGUAAAUGCUACAUUUCUUUUCCUUCCUUUAAUGCUUGUUUUUGGCGAGUUUACAGAAGUUGUAAAAUUUAAUCAAUUAACGAGUUCUCAUUUUUGGUUCUUAAUGACAAUGAGCGGUGUUUUUGGAUUUGCCAUCGGCACGAUAACAGGUUUACAGAUUCAGUUUACAUCACCCCUAACGCACAAUAUAUCGGGUACGGCUAAAGCUGCGGUACAGACUGUAAUAGCAUGUGUCUACUUUAGUGAAUCGCGCUCAGGACUAUGGUGGCUAAGUAAUCUAACAGUGCUUGGUGGCUCAGGGGCAUACACCGAAGUUAAAAGGCGGGAAAUGAAGAAACAGCACAACAUUGAUAUGUCGGUGUCUGCCAAAAACGAACAAAAAGAAGAUGUAUGACUACAUACUAAAAAUGAAUAAUGUUUUUUUUUAUCUUACUAGUAAAUUUCUAAGGUAAAAAUGCAUAGAGGGAAAUUAUGACAUAAAUGUUAAUGGAUUAAAAUAUUCUAAAAAUUAUAUAUAAACUUAGAUUAAGAAAUGUUUUCCUUAUUUUAGCUUUUAUUUUAUGACUGUUAUAUAUUAUGCUAUGUUUUAAUACAGUUUUAGAUUCUGAUCCUAUUUAAUAUUUUAAAGGUACAUUAUGCCUCAGAAAAUGAAUAAUUUUAUACUUCUCAAGAAUUGGGCAAAUGAGUUUUAUAACAUAAUUAUAAAGGUUUUAGAGCAUAAAAGAUGCUUAAUCACAAAGAAUGAAGUGCAGUUUGGGAAAUUAUUUGUCAUAAAAGUAGCAAAAUGUUUACUAUCCCAUACAAAAUACUAACUCACUAUAACUGUAAUUACCAAAGGGCAAGAGGUAAAUGACCAAUGAGUAACAUUUUGGAAACUAUAAAAAGACCCCAAAAAAGAAAACAUUUUGGAAAUAAAAAGGAACAAAAGCAUUUCUGUGGCAUAAUGGGCCUUUAAAUAUUUUUCAGUUCAAUUAUUUUAAUUGAAUUGCAGCAAAAAAGUGUUUGCAUUUUGAUCUGUUGUAGGGAGAGUUAAAAGUAAACCAUUAAUUUUUGUUGACCAUAGUAACAACAGAACUUUAUUUUGUAAAAUUUUUGUACAUUUUUCAUGUUCUUUUCUAAGUUUCUUAUUUAGACUCAUUUUUUUUCCUAAAAAGUCAUACCAUAUCAAUAUUAUUAACAGCUGUCAAAUAUCUACAUAACUUGGCUUUUAGACAAAAAUAUAUAGACUGUAUUGCAAAGAUAAUGAAUUCAUUAUUUUGUAUCAAUAUUUCACCAAAUUUUCUUGCCUAACAUCAUUUCACAAUUAAGAUAAGAAAUUGCAGAUUUUAAAUUAGAACUAUUUCAAGUUAACCUUUACCUGGCUGAAAAUUAGAAUAAUUAGCUCUUGUCAUUAGUAUAGAGCCAGGCCAGCAUGAAAAUUCUAGCAGUCUGACCAGGGUUUAUACUAUAUAUGAUUAACUUCAAACUUUCAUCCUGAUUUCCCAAAUAUUGAUAAUGGACAGUCCCAAAACAGAAGCUGGACAAGUCCAUUUAAAGACAUUCAGUAGGUUAAAGGUCAUGCAAUUAAUGUAAAUAGACUCUGCUUGGGUUGUAAAAAUUGAUAAGUGCUGUUGCUUUCCUACACAAAUCACCUUAUUUUACAGCAAUUUUUGUGGAAUGUCCGUUGGUCUACUCAGGUGCCCUUUUGUGCAUGAAAUAAUGCGCCGAAGGGCACCUGAGGUUUUCCUCCACCAGUUAAGCUGGAAUGUCGCCAUAUAAUCUAUGCUGUGUUGGUGUGACAAAAAAAUCCAAUCAAACAAACAAACAGCAACUUCUUAACAUUUAUUUUGUCUGUUAAAAAAGAAAUCAAAGCAUAAAAAAAUGCUUUUCUUAGUUUUUUUUUAUUUAGUAGAUGCUUUAAAAAUCAUGAAUUUUUGUUCAAAGUUUAUAUUAAAGAAAUUAGAUUUAGUGAUUACAAAGGGAAAUUUUAAGUUAAUUUUUAAGUUUUUGGUUUUGUUGGGCUUGAUGUAUUUUGAUGUAUUUUUGUGUCUUAAAACUUGAUUGAAAUCUUAUUUUAAGGGAAUUUUAGGUUUGUAUUGUCCAACAGUAUUGACCUGGCACUUCAUUAAUUUCCGUAAAGGUCGGGUGAUAAACAGUGGUAUCUAACGAAUAUAUCGAUAUCUUUAUUAACUUCACACAUCAAUAAGUUGUGGUGUAUUGGUAUAGAUGCCAGACUACUGAUCUGAAGUUUCCUUGUUCGAUACCUUACCAGCACCACGUUAUGAGGACAUACAUUUUUUUAUUUCAUUUGCAAGAAUUAAUUUGAAAUCGUUUUACUACAUCUGGGUUUUAGGAUACCUUUUAAGUAGUGUUUUUAUACAAUUUUAUUUUUUAUUUCAUUACAUUAUCUUUAAUUAAUAAAAAGGACAGCACGUCCAUAAUACAAAUUAAAAUUCAUACACAACCAAAACUUAAAACGUUUUGCACGAGUUGAGAGAGAAAUAGCAAUUUUAAAAUAAGAAAAAAAAUAUGUAAGUGGCUGAACCAGGAUUCGAACCUACGAGUGUGCGUCUAUAUUCUUGAAGUGACAGCACUUUACGACUGUGCUAAGAGGGAUUUGUAAUUUAGAUCAUUUAACAACUGGUUAUAUACAUUCAUAUGGAUUUACAAUAGAUAGUAACGUUUACGGAAUUUACCGACUAUGGGGUCAAAUGCAAGAGUGCCAGGUCAAUGUUGUUGGACAAUAACAGUUAAAAUGUUUGCAGAAGAAUAUGCAUUUAUAUAUUUCUGACCAGCAUUCUGUAAUAAAAUCAAACAAUCAAUCUUGUAUUUAUUAAAGACAUUAUCGUUUUGUUGAAGAUUUUUUAUAAAACAAUUGUCAGAUCAGCGAAUCAGUAAUCAAAUGAUAAGCUAUAUAAGUACAAGUGACCUUAUGUUUUUUAUUAACUUUGGUGUUAGAUUUUGUUAAAGUUUGUAAAGCUAUAUAUCUGUGGCAAAAAUUAUUGUUUGAAUUUUAAAAAAUGAUACUUCGAAAAUACUUUUAUGAAAAAAAUAUGGUUAUAAGUUGCCUUAGAAGCAAAUGGCACAUGCACAAACUAAUUGCUAAACAGAUAAAACCCUACUUUUUAAAUGGCAGAAUAAUAUUUUGUUCUGAAACACUUUAUUCUGUUAACAUAUAAAUAUUUAUGUGUGUAAAAUAACAGAGACAUUCUAGCUAUUAACAACUCUUAUGAGAAUCGACCAUAAGGUUAUGGAACCAAUAUGAUUUUAAUGUUUAUUUUGAUAUAUUUUUUUAAAACAUUUCUUAAGAUAUGGCUUUAUACCAUUUAAAAUCAAUGAAAAAUUAUGUUCAGAUCAGCGUAUUGUAAUCAAAAUGUUAUGUUAUACAAUUACAACUUAUAUUUAUGGAAUUUGUUAUAAAAAGUUUGACAUUUCUAUUUAAAAAACAACAAGAUGUCUGUUUAAUGGAUAAGGCUGAUUUGAGCCACGUCAUGACAAAACCAAUAUAAUGGGUUUGUGACCAGCAUGGAUCCAGACCAGCCUG